AAAGGGGGUAUUGUAAUGGAUUUGAUUGCAUUCCAAGGCCGAGCAAUGACGACUCGUUAAUCUAAUAGAGGUCCAAUCUCUUAUAUUUUGUUUACGCGAAGACCGCUCACUGUUUACACCCGUAAUCUCCGCCGAAGAGGUUGCCACUCAUCGGUUAUCAGUAGUUAUCAGCUAGAGAGACUAUAUAUUCCCGCUCCCUGGCUGAUAACAUGGUUAUACUUUCCGGUUAUCUCUGUGUGAGUGUGUGACUUCUAGGCCCAUUAGCUCCAUUUGUUCAUUGAUCGACGGUCACUCGACGCGGAAAGUUACACGGAAAAUCACAGCAAAAAUGUCACAGGCAGCUACUCCGGGAAUCAAGCGGGUGUUAUCCAUCCAGAGCCAUGUGGUCCACGGAUACGUGGGCAACAAAGUAGCCACUUUUCCCCUGCAGUUACUCGGCUUCGAUGUGGACCCCUUGAACUCGGUGCAGUUUUCCAACCAUACGGGAUAUAAAACCUUCAAGGGUCCCGUUUCCAAUGAGAAGGAAUUGGCCAGCAUAUUCGAGGGACUGGAGGAGAACGAAUUGCUGCCGCUUUACUCACAUCUCUUAACCGGUUACAUUGGUAAUCCCCUUUUCCUCCGCCAAGUGGGUCACAUUGUAAAGAAACUGCGACAGGCUAAUCCCAAUCUGGUGUACGUGUGUGAUCCGGUGAUGGGUGACAAUGGGCAGCUGUACGUGCCCAAGGAACUUCUUCCUGUCUACCGGGAUGAGAUCAUUCCCCUGGCGGACAUAAUCACUCCGAAUCAAUUUGAAGUGGAGCUGCUCACGGAGAAGGAGGUUCGCAGUGAGGCAGCCGUUUGGGAGGCAAUGGAUUGGUUUCACAAGCGGGGCAUCAAAACAGUGGUCAUCUCCAGCAGUGAUCUUGGACAGCCUGGUGUGCUGCGUGCUUUCCUCAGCCAACUGGAUGGGCCCCGCCUGGCCAUCGAUAUUCCGAAGCAAGGAGGCAAGGAUCUGGUCUUCACCGGCACCGGAGAUCUUUUCGCCUCGCUUUUCCUGGCCCACAGUCAUGGCAGCAAGGAUAUAGCUAAUGUGUUUGAGAAAACCAUCGCCAGUUUGCAGGCGGUAAUAAAGCGAACCGUGGCUGCCCUGCCAAAUGGAGGAAAUGGUCCGGUUAAGGCAGCCGAACGAGAACUAAAGUUGGUGCAGUCCAAAACCGACAUCGAACAGCCACAAGUGCUUUUAAAAGCGCAGCGACUUAACUAAACCGGGAAAACAUAUCUGCACCUGGACAUAAACGAUUACCUUAAAUAUACAUAUACUCAUUGUACUUGUUCACGGACAAUAACCUUUUGAUACCUAUAAAUCAGCAUUUGUGUGCAUUGUUAUAACGAUUUAUGAUCAUUUUGAACACACAAAGUGACAAGCUAAGUACCAUAAAUAAUGGAUUAUCAGCAGAGAUCAAAUUUAUAUAUCUAUGCUCGCGUUACGGACAUGCUUUGAUACCAUAAGUUAAACUUUUAUAUGCAUUAUUAUAACGACUAACUAUACAAAUAUAUAAAGUGACUAUUGUAAAACUAUA